AUUCUAUUAUCUUCGCAGGUACUUUCUCCUAGUUUUGUUUCGUUUUAAGCCUGUCCCAACUUGUUCGAGGACAGAAAACAACACAUGAAAUUUUCGUCUUACUAUAUCAGGAGGGCAGACAGUGAACCUGUUGAUACCUGAGAGACUUGACGAGAAGUGAAAGUAAAUGUAAGACGGCGGUUAUUAUCUGCUCUGCUCCUCUGAAAUGGCUCCUCGGUGUUUCCUGGCGUUUUUCAUUUUAACCUCGUCUCUAGUUGUUGGACAGUCUCCAAAAUAUGCACUCAAGGGGGGAAAGGUCUCCUUGAAGCCUGACAUCGCUGAACUACCUGAUGGGAUACUGUGGAAACUUGACGGCAACAAAGUGGUGGAGUUUAAUGGCAAAGAGGAACAGGUGUACAGCGCAUUUGACAAAAGGAUCACUCUUGGCUGGGUUUCUGCAGAACUCCAAAUCACUGACCUCAGAUUUGAAGACAGCGGAGAGUAUGAGUUGGAAGUAGAAGUGAAAAAAGCGUUGCAUCAUCGUUCAGUUCAUAAAUUGGAGGUUAUAGAUGAGGUCGCCAAGCCCACCAUAUCCUGUGAGAUGAACAACGGCAGCAGCUCUAAGUCAUCUGCACAGCUGGAGUGCUCUUCAGAGUCCAGACGACCUCAAUCCUUAACGAAGUUUGAGUGGAGUACACGUGGAAACGUGAAGCCUGGACCAAAGCUAACAAUAUCUCUGGGGGACGAACGCGAUGAUGAAGUAUAUAGUUGUAUUGUGAGCAACCCUCUGAGUAACGAAACAGCUACAUUCACUGCAAAGGAUUGCUACCCAGAAAAAAGUUCAUCUGUAGCACUGAUUGCCAGCCUACUCAGCAUCUUUGUGCUACUCCUCGUGGGCGUGGGCGUGGGCAUAUGGUUCUGCAAACGACACCAUAAAGCAUGUUUUGCAAAAGGAGAUUUGGAAAAACCACCUGGUGCAACAGAAGGUGAUGUGGAUGGACAUGAGGAGGAGCCACUGACAGGCAGAAGCCCUGGUACAUGUGAUGUGGAUGAAGAAGAUGAGACGCCACGAAAAGGGCAUGUCAAAGAUAAAAUGAAGUUGUUUGGGGACAGACUCCACCAUAGUGGUGGACAGACUUCAUUAAAAAAAUUGCAAACAGAAAAUCACACAGAGGAGCACAAGAGAACUGCGUCUCCUCCUCCUUCCCCUCCGCCCAGUGAGUCCCCUUCUCCUCUGGAUCUGAAUAAUCCUGCUAGUAAUGACGACAGUGAUGCGGAUGCAGACCAGUACAGAGAGCCUGCUGAGGAAGAAGUCCCACAGGUCGACCCCUCAGACUCUGAGAAGGCAAAUGAACCAGACCCAGCCGAUGUGUCGGACAAAUUAAGUGAGGACGUGAAGUCUGAUCCGGAAUUCACCAUGGCUCCUGAACCGCCAGAGCCAGAGAAGGAGGCACAUGACGAAGAAAAACCUGCAACUUCUGAAACUUCUCCUGCUGUUCAGCCACAUUCCCCCGCCACCAAAAGCUCUCCAAAUAUGGCACUUGAGGACACCGCUGGUGAACACGAGGAAGCCUCAGAUUAGGUCGCUGGAGGAACUGCAGAGGAAAAUGUCAGAGAAGCUGACUCAUCAGAAAAAAAUGUGUCAGACGACUCUAGCAAGGACAAACUGUCGUCCACCAUUCCAGAACAGAAAGGUUCAAAAACAUCACUGCAUGAUAAAAACUUAUCACAGGAAGAAGCAAACACAAACAAAGACAACCAGCAAGAAACAGUCAAACCGGUUUCUAAAGACGAAGAUGAAUCAGAUAAGGAAUCGGAUCUGAAUGUAGCCGACUCCCAGCAACCUAAGAGCCCCACACCAACAAAACCAGACAACGGGAACGCCGAUACCCCUCAAGAGUUGCCACACGCUGCACAUCCAGACCCAGAUAGAGAAUAAGAAGAAGAAGAAGGGCAUAAGACCAGUCGUGACUCAUACGAGUCUGAUGGGCAGUCGGAUAAAGGCAAGGUAAAAUGAUGAAGGUAAAAAUGACAUCCAGUGUGGCCUAAAAGAAGAAAAGCCAGGCAAUGAGAGCCUUAGUGAGGAUGAAGAAGGACAAAAGGAAGAUGAAGUUGUGAAGUAGGCCUUCAUGCAACUUGGCAAAGAGAAAAGAAGGAAGCAGAUAGUGAAAGUGAAGCUGUAAAAACAACACAGCAGAAGGCAAAGAGAAUAAGAUCGAUACGAAGAUGUAAAGGCAGAUUUAAAAGAGUAUAGACGUAUUUCACAACAGUCCAAAUGAAGAGAAAUAUUCACUGUGGGGUUGUAGGAAAAUGAUGGAGAGAUGGCCAUACAGUAAGAAACAGACAAUUACCAGGCAAAAAAAGGACCGCUUUGAGGUUGCCUUUUUUUUUUUUUUUAUGUAACAGGAUAUAAAAGGUCUCAUUGAAACCAGUAUUCUAACUAAAUAACCGACUAAAAUACAUGGCAUCUUAUCACCAUGAAACAGUCUCAGAGAGCUAGCAUGCACCUGAAAUGACUACAGAUAUGACAGUUAUGUAGGAAGUGCAGAGUACCAGAAGUUAAACUCACACAGAAAAAGACUUUCUCUUAAGAUGUCCCUGGUCUUCUUACUUUGAACUUCUUAGCUACUUUUGAUAUUAUUCAUGAAAUGUGUUUGACUAAGCUGCAUUUUUAAGAUCUAUUUUUUAAUGUUUUGUCUUUGUUUUUUUAAUGAAUCAAACUAUUUUAAGUAAGAAUGUAUAUGUUUAACUCUAAUUGAUUUAACGGCAUAAAUCAUAUAAAUGUUAUAUUGUGAUCUUACACAUAAGGAAGACUUUAUAUUGUAAUAGAAGUAUAUGAAUGUGACGACAUUAAAACAACUGAUCUUUGCCCUUUUACGAAAAAAAUGCUGUUAUGAUAAAUAAUAUAUAUAUAUAUAUAUAUAUAUAUAUAUUCAUAAAGGACUGAAAAAUAUAUGACAAUAUAAAAGUAACCCACUUUUAAAAAAUAUGAGAUUGAAAAGAUGGUUCAUUGUCAAAUAUUUGUUCCUCCAUGUAUUUAAAAAAUGCGUCCUUUAUUUGUAUUGAGAGCGGCUUGAUUCUGCUGAUUAAUUGCUGUGAUAAUAUUUUUAUUUUUCGGUGCCCAGGGUAUAGUUGUCAUUAUUGAUUAUUCAUUAAUGAUGUGUGAUUUCCGUGCAUGACACAUGACAGCGAAAUUGUAUUUUGUCUUCCUUUCGCUUGCUGCAGUAUUUGCUGAUGAUGGAUGUUUCAUUGCACUGAUUUUGUAAAGGCAAUACUAGUGUGAGUAGUUUAUUUCGAUUUUUUUCUCUUUUUGUUUGAUGAUAUACGCUCAGAUUCCACCGUUUUUAAAAUAAAUAUUGUAGUGAUCACACCAGAAUAUUUAUUAUUAAAGGUUGCAGGGUUUGCUUUUAGAAGAAAUGAUUGUUGAACUGAUGGAAUAAGAGAAAAAUACAUUUACAAACUGA